AUGCUGGCGGCCUGGCUCCGGUCUCCAGCCUCCGCUUUUGACCACAGUGUAUCGAGCAAUAUCUUGUAUAAUAAAUAUAUGGGUUUCUCACUGAAAAAGGAGAGGGCAAACAGUAUUUCUAGGCAGAAAAAGGCAAAGACAAGAGUGAGGGAGUGUUCUAUGGCCGGUGAUUCUGAGAAGUCAAGCAGAGGCAGAGACAUCCAAUGUCUUCUUGUGUCUUCGUGCUCCAACAACAAAAGACGAAAGACAGAAACCCCAUCAUCAUCUUCAUCCGAGCAGUCCAUUUUGUGUCUGAAUGAUCUCCGUUUCCCCUUGAUUGAAGAAAUUCUUGGAAGGGUACCCACCUCCAAAUCUGCCUUGUGUCUGCAAAAAUUGGCCCAUGAGUCAUUGGCAACAAUGAGCCCUUUUCUGGUCUUUGCAUCUGUUUCCCCUACAUUUCUAUGCCCUAAAUGGGAGAGUGACUGCUUGAGAACUAUGGCUGGUGAUGAUGAGAAGCAAGGCACUGUCGCAGACCAGUUAUCUCUUCUUGUUUCGUCCUGCUCCAACAAAAGAACAAAAACAGAAACACCAUCAUCUUCAUCUUCAUCAGAAGUGUCCAAUUUCUCUCUGAAUGAUCUCCAAGUCCUCUUGACGGAAGAAAUUCUUCAGAGGCUACCCGCCACCAAAUCUGCCUUUCUGUGCAAAUGUGUCUGCAAGAAUUGGUACUCUCUAAUUUCUACUCCUUAUUUUGUUCGUCGCUUUAUAACCCAACAUGUCAAACAUCAGUACGAGCAAAACCCUUCUGCACUUUUCAUCAAUUAUUGGAAUAGAUUGAAGGGUUAUAUACUAUUCCCAGUAUCUGACGAACCCAUGUUUAAACGUAGUGGAUUUGAUUUAAACUUUCUUCCUGAAAGAAAUGGGUCGGUUAGGGUUUCAGCCAUUUUCAAUGACUUGAUGUUAUGCCGUGUAGAUAAGUUGGAAUCUAAAUUUGGAAGCUCUCGGUGUUAUUAUUAUAUAUGUAAUCCAUUUACAAUGCAAUGGGUUGCGCUCCCCCCAUUUGCAUGUGAUAGCAGAAAAAGGGACACCCGUGCUGGAUUUGUUUGUGAACCUUAUUAUUUUGAAGAUAACCAAGGAGAUUGUACUAUCAAUAGCAAAUAUCGGUUUAGGGUAGUUCAUUUUGCGAGAAGUAAAUCUCAACAAAUUGUUUUGAGGACGUAUCGGCCAGAGACUCGGCAAUGGUAUAGAUCAGUUCUUGAAGGUCCGGAGUAUAGAUGGCAUUCUAAUGUUGUCGCCUACAAUGGAAAGUUGCUUUGGUACAAUGGCAGCCGGAUUUUUGCUUAUGAUCCCUUCAACCCUGAGCUUUCCACUUUUGUUGAUUGUUCAUUUUCCCUUGGUAUCUGUCCUUGCAUCGGUGUGUGUCAGGGCUUUCUGCGGUUAAUGCAAUUUACAGUUUCUGCUGGUCUCCAUAGAAAGGCUUUGGAUAUUUGGGAACUUGAAGAUUAUACUACUCAGAAAUGGAGCUUGAAGCACAAGAUUUAUCUGGAUGCAAUGAUAACUGAACGUCUAUUGAUUAAGCAAAUCAUAGAUGAUGAGAAAAUUGUGCAUGAUGGCAAUGACCUUUUGAAAACGCUGAGUUUCCUCCCAAACGAUAGGGAUGUUGUGUACUUUAGUUUCAAUGCUUUUCUUAUCUCGUAUAACUGUCAGACAAGAGUGGUGAAAGUGGUUGACUCUCUUCCAUUUAAAGGUGGCUUUUUUGGUAUUGAAAUGAAAUUCUGUAUUGAACUCCCAUUGUGGCCAACACCAAUUCCCAAAACUGAUUGA